UCAUCAGCAAAACAGCGAAUUAGGUUCGAGAAAGGCACCCAACAAUGUUUUCUCUAAAUCCGAACAGCCCACUACCGAAUAUAUCCAGCUCGAACGAGAGGUGCCUGAACUCCUAGGUUGGUUUUGGUAGAAGGAACUUGGAAAAUAUUGGUGAUUUUAGACCUAGUGUGUAGUAACCUUUAUACAUUAAUGUUUUUUUAAUAAUUGUUUUGAAUCUGUUGCAAAAGGCAGUUACAAUAUUUCCCUUGGAAUCAUGUUAUAUCAGCUUAUACUUAGGCCUAUAAAUGAAGUAUUCAUUUUCUGCAACCUGUAAGAUGGCUGGAAAUGACAUUCCCCUUAUUUAUUGUAUUCCUGAAAACGAUACAGUUGUAGAUAUAUUGGAAUUUAAAUCACUACGCCUAUUAUAAAUGCUGUACUUUGUUGCAUCUGUAUGGAAUCGGUAUGAAAGUUUGUGUGUUCGACUUUCCACAUACAAUACUGUUAAGGCAUCUUGACCAAACCUCCUAGUGACAAAGCGUGAGCAAAUGUCAUUCUCUUAAAAAUUACUUUGGCGGUAGUACGUCACGCCUGUCGUAAUGUGAUUUUGUCUAAAGCCCUAGACCACUGGCACUGACCAGAAUAAUCUCCAUAUUUUGUGGGAACCGAAAUUAUAGUAAAUAGACUUGUGAAAGCAAAUUACAAUACUAACAGUCAAAGUGUUACUAAUCUGUGUGACAAGCAGCAUAGUGUAGAUUUAAAAUUAGAAUUACCAAUUUUAGAGUUUAUUUUAAUUUAGAUUUCGUGUUACUUCCAAAUAGUUAACUUUACAUCAGUUUAAAAUGGGCUUUGAUGAAGGCCUUAUAACAUUAAAUAGUGACAAUGGUUCCUAUUUUUCUGGGCAAACAGUUUAUGGUAAAUUAGUUUUUAGUCAGGACAAAAUUAAGAAAUUUCGAGGUAUAUAUGCAAAAUUUAAAGGAUACUGUAAAAUUCAUUGGACUACUCAGCACAGUCGAAGAAAUAGUCAGGGUAAAAGUGAAUCUUAUACAGUCCAUCAUGAAUCCUAUGAAGAAUAUAUUAAUCACAAAGCCUUUUUAAUAGGAGGAGAGAGAGGUGAAGUGGAAUUACAACCAGGUAAGUAUGAAUUCCCUUUCGAGUUCCAAUUGCCGGGAAAUUGCCCAUCAUCAUUCGAAGGGACCGUGGGACACGUGCGAUAUGAGAUCAAAGUGGUUGUCGACAGAGCAUUUAAGAUUGAUCAGGAGAAAAAAGUUGCUGUUCGUAUCAUUGCGCCUUUGGAUUUAAACCAGGACCCAUACUGUCGGGAACCCAUUCAGUUUGAAUUCGAAGAUGUGUACUGCUGCUGCUGCGUAAGCCGGGGUGCGACAGACACAGUAGUGAAACUACCUGUGGCGGGAUACUGCCCUGGGCAGCUGAUACCCAUCGAGGUAGCUUGUGAGAAUAGUGGCCGUGUUACCAUAGAUGACAUUAAGCUGAUGAUUAAGAAGAAAGUAACAUACCACGCCGCUACGAACCCCGCUACGAGAGAGACAAAAGAUUUGAUAGCAGAGAUCAAGAAAGGACCAAUUCCUGGUGACACCACUCGUAAUUGGACUGUAGAAAUGGUGGUGCCUUCCAUUGACAUUUACAAUCUUGCUGCCUGCAGAUAUAUUGACGUAGAUUAUACAUUCAAGGUUGUGGUUUCACCUAGUGGUUGCCACAGCGACUCCAAGGACUAUAAGCGUUUAGUUAUCGGGAACAUACCUUUAGUGGGUUACCAAGACGAUGUCCAGAACCCUCUUCACGAUCAAAUGCCGCAAAUAAGUGCGCCCAUUGGCGACCAGCCGUCAUAUCAGGAGAACGUUUCUUACCCCACACCUUAUCCUUACCCCGAAGUGACUCCUUAUCCUUCGGGAACUUCGUAUCCUAUGACCCAAAAAGACCAAACUCCGUAUCCACCAGACCAAUUUGCUUCAAACGUGCCAUACCCACCACAGUACUCUCAAGUUUCUCAAAACCCACCGUAUCCUCAAGUUUCCCAAAACCCACCGUAUCCUCAAGUUUCCCAAAACCCACCGUAUCCUCAAGUUUCCCAAAACCCACCUUAUCCUCAAGGUCCUUCACAAUCUCCAAUAGCCAAUCCACCAUAUCCCAAUAUUCCUGGAUUAAAGACAGGAACAUUUGGUUUCACGGUUCCGACAUCAAUGCCUUCAGAAGGGAUCCCUCCAAGUAUGCCAGCGGUGACCCCAGCUAAUCCAUUUGCCACCGCUAGCGCUCCGCCCGCACUUGACAAGGAAAAAUAAUCACGUUAAUUUUAUAUAUAAGUUGAGUUAUAUUGACGCAUUUUUCUAAUAUUAUACGCUUUACAAUAUAAAAUUAAUAACAAUUAUAUUGUCUUCAGAAGAUAUGAUCAAAGAUCAUUUUAGAGUAAGUUUUAUAAUGAUAUUAAUGUAUUUGACAUAUUUUUUAAUAUUUCGAAAAUAACUAUCUAUAUAAAUCUAAAGCUAAUUGUGUAGUUUGGUCUGGUAGCUUGUUACAAAUCUUUGACUUUUAUAUUAUUAUUAUAGAUAUUUUAUAAUAUAAUAUAAAGAGAUUUUAGAGUAAGUUUUUAUAUUUUUAUAAUGCGAAAUCCGGUUGGUACUACAUACUUACGUAUUGCUUCUACAAAUCGUAUGUAUAUUCUUUAUUAUCAUUGUUGGAGUUCUGAAUGUUUUACCUAAGCGUCCUAGCGAUGAGAAUCCAUACACUGUAGGUACAUUAUCUUUAGCAUGAACACAUGUAAAAACGUCUAUAGCGGGAAUGUAUUCUUUUAUUUACAUAUGCCACGAGUGUUCGAGUUUGUAAAAAAACUUUUAAUUUUAUAAAUAAUGUAAAACCUGAGAAACUAUAUAUAUAGUCUUUUUGUGUAUAUUUACUUAAUUUUCGAGUAUUCACGAAUUAAUUGAAUCUCUAUUGUUUUUUUCGAUUGCAGUAGGGUUGUAUAGACGUAACUACGUUAUGCAGGUUCCAGGUAAUAGUUCCUGUACAUCCGUUUAAAUAUUGCGAAGACUAUGACAUUUUCCUUAUUGCAAAUGAUUACUUGUGACGUAUCUUUACAUUAAUCUGUAAUUUUAUGAGAAUCUUUUCCUUCCUACAUUUUACGAAAUCAAAAAUGGUAUGGGCCAUGUCAUGAACGUUUAUUACUUUGAAUUUGUGUUAAGGUAAAUUUUAUAAUGAACAAAAACAAGUUGUCUGAAUGAACAAAAAGUGAACUUCCUUUGACCUAGAUAGACUACCUACACAAACAAAGAUUUCUCUUAACAAAGUCAAGUCUUU